AUGACCACUCUCAUUUCUUCUGUGCAAUUGACACGCGCAACUAAGUACAAGCUAAAUGACAGCCACUAUAUCCCAGUGGCAGGCUUUGGCGUUUACAAGUUGCCCAAAAACGAAGCUGGAGACCUUGUGUACGAGGCCUUAUUACAGGGGUAUCGCCACAUUGACACUGCGGUGUACUAUGAGAAUGAAGAGGAGUGUGCAGAAGCAAUUGCCAAGUUUUUGAAGGACCAUCCGGAUAAAGCGGCCCGCGAGGAUAUUUGGUUCACCACGAAAAUCAGACCCGACCAAUUGGGCUACGAGGAAACGAAAAAGGCUGUUGCAGAAAUUGCAGCCCGCGUCAAGCCCCACAUUGAGUAUGUGGACUUGAUGUUGUUGCAUGCUCCGCUGAAGAGCAAGAAAACGCGCUUGGAUAGCUGGAAGGCAUUGCAGGAGUUUGCUUCGGAUCCUGCAAAUGGUGUUUUGAAAAUAAAGUCCAUUGGUGUGUCCAACUACGGAGUUGAGCACUUGAAGGAGCUCAUGGAGUGGGACGGGCUCACCAUUCCGCCAUCAGUAAACCAAUUGGAAUUGCACCCAUGGUUACCAAGACAGGAGUUGCGGGCAUACAUGUUGAAGCACGGAAUCUUGGCGGAGGCGUACUCGCCCUUAACACGUGGCAUCAAGUUCAAGGACCCCGAGCUCAUUGCGUUAUCCAAGAAGUUCAACAUGUCCAUGGCCGAGAUUCUCUUGAAGUGGUCGUAUCUUCAAGGCUUCAUUGUGUUGGCGAAAACCGCCACCAAGGAAAGAAUCAAGGAGAAUUUGUCUGUGUUGCCUGAAGCGCCAAAGGACGAUCCUUUGGAGGAGAAAACAAACUGGGGGAAAGUUGACUUGGAUCUUGAGUUGUUGAAAGCCUUGGACAAGCCGGACUCGCACGAGGUUUUGAUCAUCCAGGACGACCCGACCAUCUAUCACAACACGGACGAAUAG